AUGAGUAUCGACGAUACGUAUCUUCGUGAAGCAACAUGGAGUAAUAUUGUUAUUACUGUCAUAUUUUCAUUUCUAUUUUUGUUGAUUGUUAUCGGUAAUGUUUUAGCAUUAUUCGUUAUUUAUCGACGAAAAUCAUUACAAGAUCCAGCAGGAGUAGCCUUAGCUAACCUUGCUGUUGGCGAUCUCUUAACAAGUAUCCCAUUACUAGGCUCGACCAUUAUCUUUUGGAUCGAUGAUGCUCAUAUUAAUCCGUUAGCGUGUAAAAUAUUGGCCUUUAUGUCAUUUUAUCCUUUUACAAUUAUAUUAUGGACUACAGCAUGGAUUACAUUUGAUCGUUGUUUUGCAGUCUAUCAUCCAUUUAAAUAUCAUCGUAUCAUUACAGUUAAGACAGUUGUUAGUCUACUCGCCAUCGCUUGGAUCCUUCUAUUAGUAUGGUGUAUGAUUCCGUUAUUAUCGUUGGGCCAUGGUUUAGGGAAUUACAACUAUGUUAAUUAUACCCAUUCCUGUUGGGUUGAUGUGGGCAAUUAUCGGCAAAAUGGAGUCUUUCUAUUAAUUACUUAUUCAGCAGUUUUAGUACUUGUUAUUAUUGUGGUAUUAUGUUAUAGUAUUUUGUUAAUUAAAGCGCGACUCGUAUUACGACGCAUAACUACUAUUCCUACUUUUCACUAUCCUGCGUCAUCAUCACUGCCGGCACCAAGUCAUAAAUCAGUUAAGACAACAUUAAUUGUUGUUGGUGCAUCAUUAAUGUGCAUUUUACCAGCUGUUAUCAUCAUCUAUAUUACUAUCAUGUCACAUCGUCUUAUUUCAGAGCCGUUAAUCUAUAAUUUAUUUUGCUUCUGGACAUUUUAUGUAGAUGCUGCACUCAAUCCAUUCAUAUUUGGCUUCUCUCAUAAAACUUUCCGUCUUGGUUAUCGUAAAUUGUAUCGUCAUUUUAUGAGUAAAUUUAUUACACCGCAUCAUCGAAUAUAUCCUGCAAUACCGUCUGCUCCAGCUUCAGUAUAUAACAGUAUCCAAAGUAAAAUGAAUGAUAUAGCUAGUAAUGGUUACGAUUGUUCAACAAUCUUUAAUUCUAAUUUAAAUAACGAAUAA